AUGACGUCAUGGUUAUGCUAAUGAGCGGCAUGUGGGGAGCGGGGGCUCCGCGCGCCGCCGGGCUCAGUCUCGCGCCGCGCCUCGGAGCCGCCGCCGCUCGCGCCCCGCGCGCCCCCCGGCCCCGCGCCAUGGCUCGGCCCCCGCCGCGCCGCCGCUGACGGCCGCGGCGCCCCCUCCCGCCUCGCCCCGGCCCCGCGCGCCGCCGCCGCCGCCGCCCCCGGGGCCGGCAUGAGUCAGGUGUGAAGGCCUGCCCGGGUGCGCGGCCCCCCACGGCCGCCCGGGACGCCCCGCCGGACCCCCCCGCGGGAGCCGAGAGGAGGAGGCAGCUCUCAACCGUACUCCUGUGCCUUGCAGAGAUUUGUCCGCGUAGAUAGGUAUAUCUAGGUACACGUCCGUGCUCGCACACGCACGCAGAGUGCCCCCCGCCCCCCCGCCCCGUGCCACUUUGCGUUGCCUUCAGGGAAUUUAACACCAAGCCGCUGGAGCGUUGCACUGAAGACAGAAGAGGGAAAGCAGAAACCAAACCGUGUCUAGGCUGAAAGCUGCAUCUAAAAAAAAAAACAAACAAAAAACCCUUUAUUGCAAAGGAGAUAUUUUUUUAAUUAUUAUUAUUUUUAAUUGUGAGACGAGAUGUGGGGGAGAAAAUAAAUCUAGGGGGGGAAGGAUUUCCUAUUUAUUUAUUUUUUUUCCUGCAGAGGUUCAUCCUCCUGCCCCCUGCUCCCCCACCACCCCCGGCCACCACCUAAUCAUGAUGUUUCGAGACCAGGUUGGAGUGCUGGCCGGGUGGUUUAAAGGCUGGAACGAGUGCGAGCAGACUGUUGCUCUGCUCUCCUUGCUGAAGCGAGUGAGCCGGACCCAAGCCCGUUUCCUCCAGCUCUGCCUGGAGCAUUCCCUGGCAGACUGCACCGAGCUGCACAUCCUCGAAGGGGAGGCCAACAACCCUGGAAUCAUUAACCAAUGGCAACAAGAAUCCAAGGAUAAAGUGAUUUCCCUAUUGUUAACCCACCUGCCUUUACUGAAACCAGGAAAUAUUGAAGCAAAAGUCGAAUACAUGAAACUCUUGCCUAAAAUCCUGGCCCACUCGAUUGAACACAACCAACACAUCGAAGAGAGCAGGCAGCUGCUGUCCUAUGCAUUGAUACACCCUGCCACUUCGCUAGAAGACAGAAGUGCUCUCGCCAUGUGGCUCAAUCAUUUGGAGGAUCGCACGUCGGGUAGUUUUGGCAGCCAAAACAGAGGCCGGUCCGAUUCUGUGGAUUAUGGGCAGACGCACUACUAUCACCAAAGACAGAACUCCGAUGAUAAGCUCAACGGAUGGCAAAACUCUCGGGACUCUGGCAUAAGUGUCAGCGCUUCCAGCUGGCAGGACAAAAACCUGGCGUGUGAGAACGGCCAUCUGCCCCUCUACUCCUCCUCCUCUGUCCCCACAACUAUCAAUACUAUCGGAACUAGCACAAGCACGAUUCUCUCAGGCCAGACACACCACAGCCCUUUGAAACGCUCUGUGUCCCUUACCCCACCCAUGAAUGUGCCAAACCAGCCUCUAGGACAUGGAUGGAUGUCUCAUGAGGACUUACGAGCUAGAGGACCCCAGUGCAUCCCUUCCGAUCAUGCCCCCCUGUCUCCACAAAGCAGUGUAGCCUCUUCGGGAAGUGGUGGGAGUGAACAUUUAGAAGAUCAGCCUUCCGCUCGUAACACAUUCCAGGAGGAAGGGAGUGGGAUGAAAGAUGUUCCAGCCUGGCUGAAGAGUCUCCGUCUGCACAAGUAUGCGGCUCUCUUCUCUCAGAUGACAUACGAGGAAAUGAUGGCCCUCACCGAAUGCCAGCUCGAGGCACAAAAUGUUACCAAAGGCGCAAGACACAAAAUAGUCAUCAGUAUCCAAAAGCUAAAAGAGAGACAAAACCUUCUCAAAUCUUUAGAAAGGGACAUCCUGGAAGGUGGCAACUUGCGUGUCCCGCUGCAGGAGCUACACCAAAUGAUCCUCACCCCCAUCAAAGCUUACUGUUCCCAAAACUCGAAUGCGGACGAGCACAGCCGGGACCCGGACUCGCAUCACCCCCCUUCCCUCAUCGGCUCAGACAGCCAAGGGUCUGACUGCAAGGACUCUGCUGCCGGGGGGAUGCAACAGCACCACUUGCCAGGAUGUGAGGGCGAGUCUGGGGGGGGCCCUUUGCCCGAAGGCGAUCUGCCUGGACAGUUCACAAGAGUGAUGGGGAAAGUAUGUACACAACUUUUAGUUUCCAGACCCGAUGAAGAGAAUAUAAGUUCCUAUUUACAGCUCAUAGACAAAUGUCUAAUUCAUGAGGCGUUUACAGAGAUACAGAAGAAAAGACUGUUGUCAUGGAAACAGCAGGUGCAAAAACUCUUUAGGUCUUUCCCUCGGAAAUCCCUCCUGGAGCUGUCAGGCUACCGGCAGCAGAGGAGCCGAGGCUUUGGCCAGUCGAACUCCUUGCCGACAGCUGGAUCUGCAGGUGCAGGAAUGGGCAGACGAAACCCCCGGCAAUUCCAGAUCCCCUCCCGCAACCUCCCCACGGCCAGGCUGGGGCUGCUGGGGCCCAGCGGGCUGCUGGGCACGGCCCAGCGCAGUGCCGCCGCCAACCCCGCCAUCCUCAAGCAAGGCAGACAGAACCUCUGGUUUGCCAACCCUGGCGGCAGCAACAGCAUGCCCAGCCGGACCCACAGCUCAGUGCAGAGGACGCGCUCGCUGCCGGUUCACACCUCCCCACAGACCAUGCUGAUGUUUCAGCAGCCAGAGUUCCCGGUGCCGGUGACCGAACCCGACAUCAACAACAGGCUGGAGUCCCUGUGCCUGAGCAUGACGGAGCACGCGCUCAGCGAUGGUGUCGACCGAACCUCGACGAUCUAGGAGGCGGCGGCGAGGCUGGCCGGGAGCGGCGGCGCGGGGCCGGCGAGCAGGGGGGUGCCUGGGGGAUGGCGCCCGCCCGCCCGCCCGCCCGCGCUCUCUCCUGUUUUAAUUUUGUGGCUGUGUAGCUUGUCCUUGUGAACAUAUCAUUAGACUCGGAAUUUGUGUUGUCGUUUAUUACAUCCAUGCUGGCUUGGGGGGGGGACGAAAGAGGAAAAAAUGGAAAUAAAAGGAAAAAAGAGGCAGGGGGAGGGUGGCGGGGCACCGGGGCGAAGCCCGGCUCUGGAUGUGUUUCGGGGGCGCGUGGCCGAUCGGGGGGUGCCCGGGCCCGGCCGCCGCCUUUGCAAAAUAUCCCUGAAAUUCCCGUCUUUCACUGCACUUUGCGGCAGCAUCCAAAAAAAAAAACACCCCCAAAACCCCCUUCCUUUGCAGCGAGGGCAGCCGGAGCACGUUGAGACGGCGGCGGGGGGCCGCAGGGACCGAGGCGAAGCCGGGGGGGACGAGGGGUACCGGGGGCCGCGCUGAGCCCUCGCAGCACCGCCGAAACGCCCGGUUAUUCCUUCGCUGCACAGCGAAACGACGGCUCGCUGAGUGUUGGCUAUAUGAUUUUGGAUAUGUGACUUUAUUAACUCGCUGUGGCUGGUAACCAUGAUGGUGUCUGUUAUUAACAACCACCAAACACUUCAGGUUUUUUUCCUCUUUUUCUUUUUUUUUUUUUAAAAAAAGCUUAUUUUCCAUUGACAGUGUAUAGGUUAAUAACGACUUGGUUGUGUUUGCUGUUUCUUGUUUUUUAAUUAAAAAGCGGCUUCGGUUACGUUUGGAAGUCCUUCCCGGCUCUGCCCGAGGCCUGUGCUGAGUGCAGGUAGCAGAGCGCCAUUUAAAAAAGGAAAAAAAAAAGAAAAAAAAUCAAAUCCUACAGGAAAAUAAAGAUUAUUUAUAUAAAAAAAAAAGCAAAGCAGCAGUUGCAUGAAUGAGGCUGUGAAGUCGAAUAUUUAGUAAUAAAGCGGCAGUGCCUUUCUUUUUUGUAUUUACCCAUUCCCCCGCCGCGGCUGCGGUGCCGGCAGCUCCCGCGCGGGGAUAACGUCACCGCGUAGAUGCGUUUCUUUUUUUUUUCUUUUUUUCUUUUUUUUUCCCCCCCCUCUCGUGCUAACUGAAGCCGUGCGGCCUCGGCACCUCGCAAGUUCUUCCAGCGCCGGGCGGUUGCUGCACUGUGCUCGCGCCCGAGGUUUCACUGGUGCUGUCACCCCCCGCCCCGGCGCCGGCCCCGGCACCUACCCAAGUGUCCUUGGCUGCGCCCGUGCCACCGCCGCUGCCGCCGGGGAUGGGGGGGCCCUGGCUCGGACCCCCCCGGGCUGUGGCCGGCCCCGGCGCCGAGCGGAGGGCGGCUGGUGGGGCCGAGCGGGGGCCUGGCGGUGGGCUGCGCCCCAGGGCCUCUGCGCCGGGCCCUCCUGGCUGGGCUGGCUCGGCCUGGCUCAGCCCAGCUUGGCUCAGCUGAGCUCGGCUCAGCCUGGCUCAGGUCAGCUUGGCUCGGCUCAGCUCAACUCAGGUCAGCUGGGCUCAAGUUGGCUCGGCUCAGCCCAGCCCGGCUCAGCCCGGCUCGGCUCAGCCCGGCUCGGCCCGGCUCAGCUCGGCUCAGCUCGGCUCAGCUCAGCCCGGCUCGGCUCAGCCCGGCUCGGCUCAGCUCCGUUGAGCUUGGCUCAGCUCAGUUCGGCUCAGCUCAGUUCGGCUCAGCUCAGCCUGGCUCAGCUCAGUUCAGCUCAGCUCAGCCUGGCUCGGCUCGACUCAGCUCAGCUUGGCUCGGCUCAGCCCAGCCUGGCUUGGCUCUGCUCAGCUCAGCUUGGCUCAGCCCAGCCUGGCUCAGCUCGGCUCAGCUCAGCCCAGCUCAGCCUGGCUCUGCCCAGCCCAGUUCGGCUCGGCAGGGCGGCACAGCCUCCGACAUCCCCGGCGAGGGCCCGCGCUGCCCCUUCCCUCGGCGGCAGGGACGCGCUCGCGACGCUGAGGAAAACCCGCUUUUCUUUUGAGGCGUCGCCAGCGGGGCCAGCCCCCACCCCACACACACACACACCCCCCCCCGGCGCCCGCGGGGUCCGGCCCUGGCCAGCUCACAGCCCUGAAGGACGAGCCGAUACUGUGAUUUACGGCCUGCAACUGGUGCAGCGGGACGCGGGGCAGCGGGUGGGAAGCGGCGCGCGAGCCGGCGGGCUGCCGCCAUCGUCCCCGUCCUCCCCGCCGGGGCGCGUGGCCGCGUUAGGCUUUCUGAAUGUGCCUGAUGAAGAGUCGAGCCUGCAGAGGUAUAAUUUGCACACAGCUAUGAGAACACUAAAGUUGAUUUUAUACAAGUCAUCAGAGUUUGCAAAGUGAGUUUUAUUUUUUGUAUUCCUUUAUCUUUACUUAAAGGUGAAUGUGUAUUCCUCUGGGAGGAAUAGGAAGAAAAAAAAAAAAAACCACAAACAGGAAUGUUAAUAAUGUUAAACAGAAUACUUCCUCCCUUAUUAAUAUAUAACCCUUCUGUAUUUAUGCAUAUCGUAAGCUUACUUUAAAAAGCUUUGACCUCUCUUCUGUUGCAUGCCGGUUCCGGGCAGCCUUUCGUUGUACCUGCAUGCCUCUAGUCCUGGUCCUUCUGUACAGAGUUAGUGCACAAAGAAAUAUUUUUGCCUAGUUAAUGUUGCCAAGCAAUGCAUAUUUUUUAAAUUUGUCAUAUAUGGAAAUAGCAUGUUUGUUACAUGUAAAAGCUUCCCGAUAUAAAGAAACACUAAUGUUUGGAGAUGCUGGUCUUUGCAAGUGUACAGUUUUCAAAUGUUGUUACCAGUGAAACACCCUUGUGAUUUAAACUUGCUACAAUGUAUUUAUUACUCAUUUCCUCCCAUGUAACUAGGAAUCAUGGCUAUAUUUCAUAUCAACGUUAUAUUGAAAGUGAAGGGAGAUGAUUAAUACAAGGUUUUGUAACA